CAAGAGUGUCCCCACCCCCUCUGCACGGCUACGGCGCACCGCGACGCACAACCACUGCCAGCGAUCGACUCGCCGCCCGCUCCGGCCCUCCUCCAGAGCUGCCUGAGCCGCUGUUUGAUUGGAUUACGGGCGGCUAGCCUUUGCCCUCUAACCCCGCUGAUGUUGGCUCGCUGCUUCCUGCUCCUUUCGUUAUCCUGACCGACUGUCGAACAUCGCCGAAGCCGCACUGGGAGGCGCUCUGCGCGGACACCACCGACAGCCCGAGCCGCUGUAGCGCAGCCAGACUUUAGCCCACAGGAAGCCGCCAAGCAGACACGAGCACAGGGACAUAAACUGGGGCAAGCAUGCGGAGGAAAUCGAGGAUAUUGUUAUGUUUUGCGGUGCUCUGGGUCUUGGGGAUAGCCUACUACUUCUACUCGGGGACAACGUUGAGUCGGAAGGAUGAAUGGAGCUCCAGUGACUCACUCAGUAAAAACAAAAUGCACAAUUCAGACGAUAAGACUCAUGUGCUUGAAACGCUACCACCAGGUAAAGUGCGAUGGCAGGACUUCGAUCAGGACUUAUAUGUUGGAGCCACGGUGGUUCGGCCAGGGCAGGACCCCUACGCGAGAAACAAGUUCAACCAAGUAGAAAGUGACAAACUGCGCAUGGACAGAGCAGUGCCUGACACGAGACAUGACCAUUGCAGACAUAAACAGUGGAAAACUGACUUGCCAGCUUCCAGUGUUGUCAUCACUUUUCACAAUGAGGCUCGCUCGGCUCUGCUACGGACAGUGGUCAGUGUCUUGAAGAAAAGUCCAUCCCCUUUGGUCAAAGAAAUCAUUUUGGUAGAUGAUUACAGCGAUAACCCUGAAGAUGGAGCACUGCUGGGCAAGAUUGAGAAAGUGCGUGUAUUGAGGAACGACCGCAGAGAAGGGCUGAUGCGUUCCAGGGUCCGAGGAGCAGACGCUGCGACUGCCCCAGUCCUCACUUUCUUGGACUCUCACUGUGAAUGUAACGACCACUGGUUAGAGCCACUGCUGGAGAGAGUGGCUGAGGACAAAACUCGAGUAGUUUCCCCUAUUAUAGAUGUCAUUAACAUGGACAAUUUCCAGUACGUGGGAGCUUCUGCAGAUCUAAAAGGAGGAUUUGACUGGAAUUUGGUCUUUAAAUGGGACUACAUGACACUGGAGCAGAGAAGAGCUCGACAAGGCAAUCCCAUUGCCCCAAUAAAGACUCCUAUGAUAGCGGGGGGUCUCUUUGUCAUGGAUAAGGAGUACUUUGAGCAGCUGGGAAAGUAUGAUAUGAUGAUGGAUGUCUGGGGAGGAGAGAACUUAGAGAUCUCAUUUCGAGUGUGGCAGUGCGGCGGUAGCUUGGAGAUCAUCCCCUGCAGUCGAGUGGGGCAUGUCUUCAGGAAACAGCACCCGUACACGUUUCCAGGAGGCAGUGGCACUGUGUUUGCAAGGAACACGAGAAGAGCUGCCGAGGUCUGGAUGGAUGAAUUUAAAAAUUUCUACUAUGCUGCUGUUCCCUCUGCCAGAAAUGUUCCCUAUGGAAACAUACAGAGUCGCCUGGAGAUGAAAAAGAGAUUGGGCUGCAAACCCUUCAAGUGGUAUCUUGAGAAUGUCUACCCAGAACUACGGGUCCCAGAUCAUCAGGACAUUGCUUUUGGGGCAUUGCAGCAAGGAGGAAACUGUCUGGACACUCUUGGCCAUUUCGCUGAUGGUGUUGUUGGCGUUUAUGAGUGCCACAACGCAGGUGGCAAUCAGGAAUGGGCUUUAACCAAGGACAAGUCUGUGAAGCAUAUGGACCUGUGUCUAACUGUGGUGGACAGAACUGCAGGCUCGUUAAUAAAGCUCCAGGGAUGUCGAGAGAAUGACAGCCGUCAGAAAUGGGAGCAGAUUGAGUCAAAUUCAAAGCUCCGUCAUGUAGGCAGUAACCUGUGCUUGGACAGCCGCAGUGCCAGGAUGGGAGGACUCACCGUGGAGGUCUGCGGGCCCAGCCUCACCCAACAGUGGAAGUUCACUCUGAAUUUACAAUCGUAGGGCUGGAGAGAAUUAUAGAUUUUACAGGGAAAACUGGACAGUAAUGCCAGCACUAAAGAGGGAUAAAGACUCAAACUGUUGACUUUCACCUCCGUGGGGGUUGGACUGAGACAGGGCCCCAAUAGGGUCCCAAAGGGCCACCCGGAAGCCCACAGGAGGAUUAAUUAUGGGAUCAUGGAUAAAAAAGUGUUGUGGAAGACAAUGAUGUGGACAAUGGAGAUGCUUGCCAUCCAAACUACAUACCUCAGUGUCUUCAUAGGUGGUUGAAAAGGAAAUUAUGAGUAAAUAUUUUGUUUUUACUUUUUUUUCCAAGAAAUUAGCUUUUUACUUUGUUUUUUUAUUUCAUGUUAGUACAAAAUGUUUUUUUCUAAUUUCAAACAUAUACUUUUUCAUCUGUCUGUACAAUACUACAGUACUUAUUCAGGGCACACGAGAGAGUGCAAAAUGGGCUUCAAAGUGGAAAUGGGCUUUGUUCUUUGUUCUUUACACAAUCAUGAACAGUGUCCUUCCGCAGGAGUGUGCUGGCAGCCCUCAGUGUGGGCCCAAAGUCGGUACAGGACACAGUCUCCAAAACCUGAAAACAUCUUGAUUUAAACUACUUUUGUUUUUCUUUGAGUUAUGUCUGUGGCACUGGCUGCUACAGUACCAUAAUUUCAUCAUUGUAUUUCUGUAUAAGUGUAGGCAAUCAAUAAUCGCCAUAAUAUCAGGUCAUAAUAUAACCAUAAAGACAAAAAAAUCAUGAUCAUGAUGUUUUUAAAAGCAAAAUCAUUAUGUACUUUAAGUACAAUUUUCUUUUUUUUCAUUUGGUCAUUUAUGUCCCAUUAAUAACAUGACUUUGCCAUUCAGUAAUUUUGAUUUUGUAAAGAUGGCUACAUACUAGAAGAAUGGUGGUGAUCUAUUUGGCAAUGUGAGUGAAAGAAAAUUAAGGAUUUCUUUUGUUUGAUCAUGGUGUUAUUGAUUGUGAAUAAUGGUAAAAGCGUGUUUCUUGACACAAACCUUAACACUAUAAUUUGAUAAAAUGACAGGACAUCCUUAUUUAAUUAAAAGACAAAAUAUGUUUUGUUUUGUUGUACUAAAGACAAAACUAAACUAAAAAUUGGUGGUGUAAGAUUCAAACAAGUUGCAAACACUGUCCCCCAAAAAUGCUUCUAUAAAAACAUUUUACAUGUGACAUGUGACAAAUUUGAUAAAUGUAGCAGCAUAGCAUUGAUACAAAACUGUUGUACCAUGAUUUAGAAUCCUCACCUGCUCUCGCUGUUGCUCGUCUCAGUAACUCAGUGAUAAUGUAAAGGGGAGGACAGAAGAGUGUUUAGUUGCAAAGUUAAACUUUGCUUUCUUCAGCUUACAGUAUAACCUGUCAGCAUGCAUUUCUUUUCUAAAUGCAUGUUUCAACCCCAUGUGAUUCCAUCAUUCCUGCUUGAUGAGCCUUCUGUUUGCAAACAGCAUCAAACAUGAUUUUACUGUCUGCUUCAAAUCUUGUUUUUGCACAAGCGGCUGCUGAGUUAUACGGACAUUCAAAUGCACACUUUUUUGGGGCAGACACUUGUGUUCACCACCAACAGCAUAGUGCCAUUUCAUGACUAGGCCUGUUUGACAUUACUUUAAUUGUGUCUUACUUCAGCUUUGCAGCAAAACAACAUCUGUACAUUGUUUUACUUCACUAAACUGUUUCUGAACAGGGCUAGGCCCUUUACUGACAAGGACAGCUGGUCAUGUUUGUAGCUGUCUGAUGGCUCAGGUUGGUGAGUGUUCCUUUCACCCAGGUCUUUUGUAAACAGUGUCCCAAAUGGAGAAUCUGAUUGGAGCCUAUCCUGUGACUUGACAGGUGUGCUGUGCUGCAGUCUGUGGCCAUAGUGACUCUCAUGAGGUGUUAUGUUGCCAUGGUGACUGGGCUCUAAACCUAAAACUUUAGGGGCAGUGGGAAAGGUACUUAAAACUGAAGACUUAUUAUUGAAUCAUGUAAUAAACAUCAGGACCAUGUCAUUGCAGCAGUUACUUUAAAGAUUACAUUAGUAGGUUUUCUUUAUUAUGCUACUCUGUAAUUAAGUCCUAUUGGAAAACUGAUGUCUUGGCAGUCUUCACUGUGAAAAACUCCAUAGUUUGAUUUAUAUUCCUGGGAAUAUAAAUGUGGGUUCAGGACUGUUCUUGUAAUGGAAAAAAUGGUAAAUAUGGUAAAUAUUCUUUUUGUCAUUGUUCACUUUGAGAUUCCUGAUCAUAAACAUAGCCUAUUAUUUUCUGAGUAGCCAUGGCAAUACAGUUUUCAAAACAUUUAAAGCCUUUUGUUCUGAAAAAGUCUUAUCUUUGUGAAAUAUGUUUUAUUUAAAAUGUACAAGAAGAGUGACUGUAAUAACUUACUGAGGGCCUCAUUUUGAUUCACUAAUUAAAUGUUUACAUCUUUUAAAAAA